AUGCAGACACACUCAGUGGGAUUUUCCUACCAGAAUGACCCGUACAGCCUUUCCUCCCGCGCUCUAGCAACCAAAGCGGUAGCAACAAUGGAUGUUCCCGGUCAGCACCGAAAGCUCGCUGUCCCAGAACCCAUAGAUCUGGCGUCUGUAGACGAAUGGGUAACUGUCUAUGGGAUUACUCCAUCCAAUCUUUCGCUGGCUCUUCACGCCCUUAUGAACUUUGGGACCAUUAUGAGGGUCAAUUACGCCAAUCACCAUUUUAUUCAUGUCCGUUUCAGAGACGCCCUCUCCGCACAAGCCGCGGUUUCUGCGAGAGUAAUCUGUCUCAGCAAGAUCUCCAUCAUCGGCCUUAUCCCCUGUCUUGUUAAGGACUUAGACAACGACAUAACACUUUGUCACGAGCUUGACCUACCUCCUUAUGUGUUGACAAAAAAGACGCCCCCAGUGGUCAGUAAUGGAAUACUCGAGCGGAUAAUAAAUUGGUUUGCGACGCUUCUUAAAUCUGAUUAA